GGCCAUUCAGCUCAUAAAUGAGCUACAAAUGAAGUUGUCUCCCCGCUAAGGCUUCAACCACUGUUUUCACCAUAGCAGCCGGGCCAUUCAGCUCAUAAAUGAGCUACAAAUGAAGUUGUCUCCCCGCUAAGGCUUCAACCACUGUUUUCACCAUAGCAGCCGGGCCAUUCAGCUCAUAAAUGAGCUACAAAUGAAGUUGUCUCCCCGCUAAUGCUUCAACCACUGUUUUCACCAUAGCAGCCGGGCCAUUCAGCUCAUAAAUGAGCUAUAAAUGAAGUUGUCUCCCCGCUAAGGCUUCAAUUUAAUCCUUCACUUCAGCAAUCGUGUUGGAGUUUUCUGAAGCUAAAGUUUCAAUUUAGUCCUUCACUUUAGCUGCAUACGUGGUAUUUUUAGAGAGCCAUCUGUUCAAAUCAAGUCUGGCAUUUUAAAGUGGAAAUUACAUACUUUAGAAGCCUUUUUAAACCUUGAAUAAACCAAGAAAAUUCUCAGCUACAAAUGCGUGAUCAAAUUAAGAUCCUGCAUCUGUACAUGAGGGUGUUACUGUAUGUGAGACAAUGUAUCUCACAUAGAAAUGUGUCUAGGAACGCUUAGCUUUUUCCAGUGUGGUGUCACUUUCUACAACCCUGCAUUAGUUGUGCUUGUCUAGAUAUGGGUCCAGAAAUGACAGAAGCCUAAAGAAGGUGUUUGAUAACUAACCACAGAGUCUGACCUGAUGGGGUCUGUUCAGUACACUCUUGGAAAAAAGGGUUCCAAAAGGGUUCUUUGGUUGUCCUCAUAGGAGAACCCAUUUUGGUUCCACGUAGAACCCUCUGUGGAAAGGGUCCUACCUGGAACUCAAAGGGGUUCUACCUGGAAGCAAAAGGGUUCUGCAAAGGGUUUGCCUAUGGGGACAGUCCAAUAACCCUUUUAGGUUCUAGCCAGUACAUUUCUUUAGUGAAGUGAGUUUAGUUGAGUGAAGUGUGCAAGCUUACAAAACAAAUACAUUUAGAUAGAUUUUAUGCAAUUGCUUGUCAUAUAGAAUAUAUCCAUUAUAUUUCUAUCAAAACAUUCAGAUAGAAAUGUAUAGCAUAUACAGUAAUAUAGGGCUUUCAUUGUGUCAACUCUACCCCACCCCACCCAAAUAUGAUUGCCUGUCAUACACAGUAAUAUAGGGCUUUCAUUUUGUCAACCCCCCCAUCCAAAUAUGAUUACCUGUCAUAUACAGUAAUAUAUAGGGCUUUCAUUGUGUCAACUUUACCCCCCCAUCAAAAUAUGAUUACCUGUCAUAUACAGUAAUAUAGGGCUUUCAUUUUGUCAACCCCCCAGUUGUUGUCCUUCUCUCUUCCUGCCUAUUCAGACCAAAGGCUUGAUAUUACAUUUCCUUUGGGAUCAAUCUACGUGAACCGCAGCAGUCUGCAGGAAGAAAACAAAGACACUGGUCUUUGAAACAUUCCUCUCUCUUACGCUGGGGCAAUGGAGAGGAAACAGCAAUCCUGCGGCCAUGAUGACUGUUGUAAUUGUGUUUAAAGAGAUAACAUCUACGUACAUCUAUCUACAAGUGGAGAGGCAGAACACGAAGACACUGUGACACUUUACCUAAAUAGGCCAUUUAACCAAUAAACUAGGGUUAUUCAAUUACAGACCCUCAAGCCCUGAUAUACUGCUGGGACUCUUUUCUGCCCGAUUUGUUGAUCAAUUAAUACCAUUGAGUCUCCCGUCUGUCCUGAGCUGCCAGAGUCUCCCGUCUGUCCUGAGCUGCCAGAGUCUCCCGUCUGUCCUGAGCUGCCAGAAUCUCCCGUCUGUCCUGAGCUGCCAGAGUCUCCCGUCUGUCCUGAGCUGCCAGAGUCUCCCGUCUGUCGUGAGCUGCCAGAACCGCCGGUCAGCCAGGAGCUGCCAGAGCCGUCAGUCAGCCAGGAGCUGUCAGAGCCCACCCAGACCCUCCCCUACAGGCUUCCUGCAGUUUAAUGGGAGCUGUGGAAGUCUCCGUAGCAGUGGGGGCAAAGGUCUGGCACGCUAAGGACAACUGUGGAGGAACACAACCACCGCAACCGCAGCCAUGGAUGACCUGGCCAAUGACUCUGCUCUGCGGCCGCUGCUGUCGGAGGCACGUCUCAUCUACGCCAUCACCGUGCCCCUGUCUACCGCCAUCAUCCUGGCCAACCUGGUCAUCAUCCUGGGCAUUUCCUGUAACCGUCAGCUCUACAACACCCCAAACUACUUCUUCCUGAGCCUGCUAGUGGCUGACCUGUGUACGGGCGUGGCCCUGCCGUUCAUCCCCUGGAUGGGACUCAACCGUCCGCUGAGUUUUAGCUCCUGUCUCCUGGUUCAUAUUUUUCCUAAUUUCUUGUUCCUGGCGUUCCUGUUUAACCUGGUGAUAGUUCAUUAUGAGAGGUACAUGUGCAUCGUGAGUCCGUUACAUUAUAGUAGCUUCUGGGUUCACCGCUACUUCCCGCUGGUGCUGCUCGCCGUGUGGGCGCCGCCACUGCUCUACGCCUCCCUGCCCGCCUUCGGCUGGAACAACCGGGCCGGCCCAGGGUGGAACGGCUGCUGCUCGUUUAACGACACGGGCGCGCCGGGUGCGCCGGUGAACUGUUCCACCGUGGUGGCAGCGGUAGCGGCGCCGGGCGGCUCUGAGUGCUGCUCUUACAGACGGGUCUUCCCCAACGCCUUCAUCUACCUCGAGGUGUACGGGCUGCUGGCGCCUGCCAUCCUGUCCAUCGCGGGCAUGAUGGGACGUGUGCUGUGGAUCACCCGGGGCCAGAUGAAGGACAUCUGCCGGCUGCACCGCUCCGUGGCGACUAGGGGGGGCGGUCAGGCCUCGGAACGGGAGCAGCGGCUCAACCUCCGCUACACGCGGUGCGUGGCCGCCGUGUCGCUGACCUUCCUGGCCUGCUGGGUGCCCUACAUCAUCUACAUACACGUCUGCGUGGCGUUUCUGCUCAGCAAGGAGACGCGCGGGAACUCCACCACACACAUCGUGCUGUCGUGCACGGGGAUCGGGAGCAUGGCAGUGAUGCCGCUGGUCCUGGGGCUGGCCAACAGGCAGUACACGGACCCGGUGAGGAAACUCCUCCAUAAACUCAGAGACAGAUGGAGGAGGAGACAGGACUCUGAGGAUAUGGCUCUCUGAGUAGCCAGGACAGGACUGCUCUCACUUUGGGGAUGGACGUGUGGGAUUAUAAAUGGGGAUUAUAGCAUAUGGAUGAUGAAGCAUCCUCUCCUCCUGGAUGAGGGCAGUGGCGCCCCGAGUCUGUGGACUCUAGCUGUAAGGGAGUAGCAGUAAGACCCCAUUCGAGGUGCAGGACUGGUAGGGUUGCCCCACCUCUCCCAUGUCUGUCAGUUUAUAGUCACAGCAUGUGUGACUCUUGCCAUUGGGGCCAUUGAGUGUGUUAUGUUUAAAGCCAUCAGUAUACAUGUGUACACUACUUGGGUAGUCAUAAUAAAUUCAAAACAAUCACUGUAAAAGUCA